AGUGUUUAUCCCAGUCGAGAACGAUGCUAUACUUCAAAAACUCGUGCUUGAGAACGCUAACGGUGUCCAGAAACUGCACCCCACAGAGGAAGUAAGUGAUGUUUUCUCUGAGACACCCCCCAAAAAACACAUUCACAUUAUUGUCGAACCGCCUG